AUGGCAUUAAAUCAAACAAUACAUAAUGGUGAAAAUGUUUUUAAUCCAUUAUCAAGAAUUAUAAUGGCAGUUGGUCUUGCUUGUAUUUGUAUUUUGGGAGUGAUUGGUAACUUAAUUGUUCUUAUUGUUGCUCUACGAAAACAAAAUUAUAAGUGCGUUACUAAUUGUUAUAUUAUUAACCUCGCUAUAACUGAUCUUUUAUUUUUACUUAUUUCUGUUCCACUUACGACUUUUCUGGGUUUAACAAAUACAUGGAUUCUCAGUGAUUUCAUUAGUUGUCGUAUUCAUAUUUAUCUUGCUCAUGUUCUUCUUCAAACAACAUGUUAUACAUUAGCUGCAAUGAGUAUCGAUCGAUAUCUUUAUGUAGCCAGUCAUCAUCCACGUCCUAGUUGGCGAACACCAUUGAAUGCUUGUAUUAUUUGUAUUAUCAUUUGGGCUGUAUCGAUUGCUUUUGUUUUUCCUUAUACUUCACUUUCUUCAUCAUCAUCAAACACCAAAAAUAAUUCAUUAAAUGAUUGUUCAAUAUCAAAUCAUCAUCCAUUAUUUGCUUCAUGUUUUUUUCCAUUUUGUGCUUACUAUUUAUUACCACUUAUAAUUAUUGCUCUGUCUUAUACAAAAUUAUUUGUUAAAAUGAGAAAAAGUUCACUAAGAAUAACUCGUUAUGGAAAUAGUCUAUUAAAUCGUAAAUAUGCUCAAUCAAAACACCGUCAUAUAACUCGGACAUUAAUUUCAUUAACAUGUGCAUUUGCUAUUUGUUGGCUUCCAAUUCAUAUAUUGGAAUUACUCAAUUGUCGACAAAUGUUAGAAGAACUUUAUGAUAAUCAUGCCUUACUACUUGAUAUCAUAAGAGUUAUUGCACAUGCUUUUUCAUAUUUAAAUUCAUGUCUCAAUCCAUUCUUAUAUGCAUUUUUCAAUCCAGAAUUUUUUAUUUAA